AUGGAUGAUAACGCAUACCGUCCUAUUCUUUCUCUCUCUCUCUUUCCCACUCUCUCUUGCUCUUCCUCGAGGCGACACAAGUCGGACUGUCAAAACUUUAAUAUCUUCCAACUCGAUGGCGAAUUCGGCGACUCUCUUCCCUCCGACGCGGAAACACCUGCUUCGUCCGUCUUGGUUGCUAGGCCCCGACUGCCUACUCAGCCAAACCAUCGGUUUAGUUGCUUCACUCUCUCUUCACCUCUCCUCACCACGCACCAAUAUUGCCCCGAUCGGGCUCAACCUGCCUCUCAGCUUGUUCCAACUGUCCACGUUGCCUAUGCUACACUCACUCAAUCUCUCUCUCUCUCUCUCUCUCUCUCUCUCUCUUUCUUUCUUUCUUCUCGGAGCCCCACAAUUCACUUUCACCCUCCAUCUUGUACGCCUUUUAUGGGGCAGUCAGAUGGGCCACCUGGUUCACACACCUUUUUGUCCUUUCUUCAACCCCGAAGGAGGGGUGGGUCGGACGGCGACAGUUCUGCUCGCGUGUACCAACGGAAUGGGGGGCUGAAUGUUUGCUUCUUUUAUUCUUUUGCCUCUUCGUCUUCUUCCACUUCCUCCCAUUCACAAGCACGCACCCACUCACUCAGCCAGACCAGGCCAAGCAAUCUUUGGACAGGCAGACUCUCCCUCGUCGGCACCGAGAUCACCCACUCAUCUGGCCCGGGGGUGGGGUUGGGUGAGACUUGCUUAUCUGUCUUUGGUUGUCUGUGUGCUUAUGUAUCUGUAUGUGUCGGUGUGUAUUGCUGCAGAGGUCCUGCGGCGCUAACACUGGCAGCUGGAUGGGAUCGCAGAAGGGGAAAGUAG